CUCAUAAUUGGGCCUGUGACCCUAUAGAUUUUGACCCGGGCCUUAAUCAAGGUAGUCGACAUUCCUUUAGCGCCCUGUGCUAGCCGUACCUCAACGGCGAAAGGCGGCGGUUGCGGCAGCGACGAUUGGUUGCGUGGCCGUCCCCGUUGCCUGUUCAUUGGAUUCGACCUGAUUCCGCCAUUUCUCUGUCGCACAAACUCAGGUGUUAUUCUGACUGUCUUCCACUGAAAGCUUUUAAUGGCAACCAAAACCAUAAACCUCAACAACGAAGCCAUUGAAGACGACUGUCUCUGCUCGGAGACCACUACAGAUUGCUCUGUUCCUUUGGAACAGAAGGAUCUAGAGGAAACACAGUCGUUGGCUCUGAAUCGUCCAAAUGGGUACUUGAAAGGAGAGUCGCGGAUAGAGAGAGCAUGGUCUCAUUGGAAGAAGCUAGGCGAGCCCAAACUUAUAGUGGCACCAAUGGUUGAUAACUCGGAGCUUCCUUUCCGUCUUCUGUGUCGAAAAUAUGGUGCAGAAGCUGCUUAUACUCCUAUGCUUCACUCGCGUUUAUUCAAUGAAGAUGAGAAGUAUCGGGCUAUGGAAUUUUCCACUUGCAAGGAGGACCGUCCACUUUUUGUCCAAUUCUGCGCAAACAAUCCAGACACUUUGCUGGAAGCAGCUCGAAAAGUUGAACCCUAUUGUGACUUUGUGGACAUCAACUUUGGGUGUCCUCAGCGGAUUGCAAAACGCGGGAAUUAUGGUGCUUUCCUCAUGGAUAAUCUCUCUUUGGUCAAGUCUCUGGUAGAGAAGUUGGCGAACAAUCUUAAUGUUCCGGUAUCAUGCAAAAUCCGAAUUUUCCCUAAUUUGCAAGAUACACUUAGUUAUGCAAAGAUGUUGGAGGAUGCAGGUUGUUCUCUUUUAGCAGUGCAUGGACGAACGAGGGAUGAAAAAGAUGGGAAGAAAUUCAGAGCCAAUUGGGAGGCCAUCAAGGCUGUUAGAAAUGUUGUCAGAAUUCCUGUCCUGGCAAAUGGUAAUAUAAGGCACAUUGAUGAUGUACACAGUUGCCUGGAAGAAACUGGUGCUGAUGGGGUACUUUCAGCAGAUCCUCUUCUUGAGAAUCCAGCCCUCUUUGCUGGAUAUCGAACUGCUGAAUGGGGAUUGGGCAGUGCAGGAAUGAAGGAAGAUGAUAAGCUAGAUCAGGCUGAGUUACUGAUAGAAUAUUUGAGGUUUUGUGAGAGAUAUCCAGUUCCUUGGAGAAUCAUCCGUUCUCAUGUGCACAAGUUGUUGGGAGAGUGGUUUAGGAUCCAGCCAAGUGUGCGAGAGGAUUUUAACAAACAAUACAAACUCACAUUUGAAUUUCUUUAUGAUUUAGUGAAUCGCUUGAGGGAACUUGAGGUGAGAAUACCGCUUUAUGUGAAGGAUACUCAGGCGGCAAUAACUUCAAAUUGACUUGUUCAAGUUCUGUUGGAGCCUGCUAUGGUAAACCACCAGCUUUUGCUGGUCAUUCUUUUCACUCCAACUCGUGCUUGAAAAGUAACAUGCUCUCACAAAUGUUAGAGGAGGUGCAGGGUGACACGUAUCGCAACCUUUUACCUCAUGUUUUGUAUGAUUAUAUAUUAACAUUAUUCUUGUAUCAUUGAGAUAACUUUUACACAUGUAUUCGAAUUGUAUCCUGACUAAUUAUUCGUAAGGUGACUAAUUGUUAUGCAAUAGAUGCACUUGGACUGAUUA